AUGGAAAACGGAAUGAAAACGGAAACUCCAUCUGCUCCUGCGUUUGAAUCAAAGAAUGAAUACAAGUUGAGAACAUUUCAGUCAUCGCUUAACUUGUUAGCUCAUAUACUAAUUGGAAUCGUUGUAGGUUCGUGUCUAUUUUUCGCUUACAGAAACGGAUUACCUUUGGGAAACAUGGCUAUACAUAUAGUUUUAUGUGUUCUUGGGUAUCAUCUACUGAUGGCUGAGUCUAUACUCAGUCUGUCCCCAUACAAUGGUUGGUCUUCACAUCUGAGGAUUGUGGACAAAAGACGAGCCCACUGGAUCCUGCAAAUCUUAGGAUCUGGAUUGGCAAUUGCUGGUAGUAUCAUUAUGAGCCGCCAUAAGGUUACAAACUGGGAUAGUUUACACGGCAAAUUUGCUCUCGUGGCCUUAGUCUUCACAACUGUCUCAUUGGUCAACGGAUUAGCAUCUCUGUAUGCUUAUGAAAUUCAAAAGCUGGUCCCACUUCCAGGCAGGCUAUCGAAGGUGACACAUAUUUGCUUCGGAAUUGUUGCAUUCGGAGCAUCUACCAUCUCACUCUGCUACGGCUUUCAAAACAAUGCGUUCCGUAACUUUUUCGGUCAAGCAAAUACGGAAACUCUAAUAGGAUUGUCUGCUGGUUUCACAGCCAUCAUUCUUAUAAAUCCAUGCAUUACUUUUGUCGCACGACUUAUAGCAUGUUCCAACAUUAAAGGGGAAUUGUAA